GGCGUUUGGCCCAGGUGCAGGCCGAGCCUUAGGCGUGCCUGCGCAAGGCCGCGAAGGAGAGCAUUGUAACUUUCUCUUCUAUUCCCUGUACUUUCCUUAUCACACCGCACAUCACGGCGCCUGAGCCGCGCUGGCAUCGGCGUGCCAGGGAGCGCCGACAUCGAGCGAGAGUCCUGCUAUCAUUAUACAAAGCCCAGUCCCUAUUAAGAAGUCAUCAUAAUUCGCCCCACUUUGUGAAGAUGCCUUCAGGAUCUGGUCACAUAUGGGAUUGCGCAUGCGGACGGUACGUACGGGGGCACCACUGGGCGUGUCUAUGUGGACGUAACUAUGAGCAGCGCGUCAGAGGGAAGACACCCCAGCGUCAGCAACAGCAACAUUCACGACGACCUCACAGUCGGUCAAGGAGGGAUGGUCAGAAAGACUUCCAUGAACAGGGUCGAAAAGGCAUACGUCAGGAACAAGAGGAGAUCAAAAGGUUUCUAGGCAGAGUUGUCACGAUGAAAAGGUCAGAAGCAAUCUCAUACAUGCAGUUUCUCGGGUACGAACAGGUGCCAGCUGAUAUUCCAGGUCACCAGGCCUGCAAGGUCAAAACCAAGCAGAGGAUGUUCGAGAUUGCUCGCCUGAUCAUAGUUGCCGUAAGAGCUGGCACAACGGAUCAUAAUCAUUGCAUCAAGGAGGUGGCAUGUCUUAAAUACAUGAUGGGCACUACGGAGAGAUUGGUGGAUCAGUUGGCGGACUUGAACAUCAAAAGGGACACAUGCCAGACCUACUUGAAAACCAUGAUGGCCAAGAUCAAUGAGAUGCAAAUUCAGUAUCGAGAUGUGGAAAAAGACUUAGCCGAGUGGAAAGCAGCCAUCGACGAACUGGAAGAGCUGGAGGAUUACAUGGUGGGGGAAGAGGAUGAGGCCAUGGCGGGCGACAAUGUCAACAUGGGCGGGAGACCAACACCAGUACCGCCGCCGCCACCUCCAGCCUGUACGCCAGCGAUGGACAUGAAUAUGACUGUAGUUUUCGCCCCACAGGGAAUGCAGCGACAACAGCAGUUCCCACCGAUGCCGCCUCAGUCCUAUCAGCCAGACAUGGAGAUCAAGCAAUUGUCGGAGAUGGUAAAAAUGUUAUGCCAACGCCAGACAUACAAUGAUACUCGAAUGGGUACGAUCAUGACCCGCUUGCAGCAGCAGACCAACACUAGUGCGUCUAAUCAUGCAGAAGGUGGUAUACCAAACUCGCCAUCAAGUAUCCCAGCGGCGCAGCCAUGUCCACCAACGCUGGUCGGAGGUACAGCAACGCCAGUGCAGAGCGAGGGCAGGGGCAUCUCGCAGUCCCCCAUCAUGGUGGAGGUGAGCGCCUCGCCCACAGAGAUCGCGGAGGAUCCCUACGGCACCCAGGCUAAGGUGGAGGCCAAAGAUGAGGAAAUGGAGGAAUUAAAGGGCCAUGUGAUAUGAGCGCCCCCUUUUUGGCACCAACCCAGCCUUUUUUUCCUGGGGCCCUCUCGCAAGAGAAUCCACUUCUGCUACCGGUGGGUGGGGUCCCAAGGAGAUAAACAGCCCACCCAGGAAAGAAGCCAGGACCGCCUAAGAGUGGUACGUUUCGGGAAUAGCUUUGUUAGGACCUACAGGCCUGGUGACAAUACCCC